AUGUUACUAGUACUUCUCGCAAGUUGUAUAGCUGUACAAGCCGCGGUGUGUGCGCCCGCGCUGAUCGGCGCCGGGUGUGCGACAUGCACAGGAGAGAACGACGGACAGACGUGCCUUACGUGUAAUCCCCAAGAGAACAAGGUGCAGCCUGGCGGAAAGAAAUGCGGAGUCGGCUGCCCGGCGAACUCCACCCCUAAGGAGAGCGUGUGCGAGUGCAACGGAGGAUACAGGCCGAACGCCCAGGGCCAGUGCGAGCCUUCUAAUACUAAUAAGAGUAGCGGUCUUUCUACCGGCGCCAUAGCAGGCAUCGCUGUGGCUGCUGUCAUCGUUGUAGGAGGGCUCGUCGGCUUCCUUUGCUGGUGGUUCAUAUGUAGGGGGAAAGCGUAG